AUGUCGAUCCUCCAGGCGGUGGUGAUGGAUACGCCACCGCCUCGCACCGUGGCCGAUUCGGCAGCCGCUGUCAUCGGUUGCCGUCGCCAUCGUGGCGCCCGUGUCCGUAGCCGUUUCGGCUCUGUUUUUUUGUUGGCACUUGGUGCCCUGCCCCUUCGCCCGUGGUGGAGGCCCCGCGGGCAUCGGGGGCCCGCCCAGCAUGCAGCUGGCCGCGGCGAUACUCAUCGCACUGUUUGUUCCCUUUCUGCUUCCUCUCCAGGGGGCGAGCGGAAACCCGAUUUCCUUACAACGCCUUUCUUCUUCAUGUUUCUGCGACGUUUUCCGAACGAUGAGUAUGCUUGUACAGUUUUUUGUCCUCCUGACCUCCUCGCCCAGCUCUGGCUGCACGAGAAGCCCACGCUGGCGGCCUACCUGUUCCGCACUGGGUGGACCGCUGGAGCCCUGCACCGAGCGGGUUUCUCGGCGGCCGUCCUCGUGGACGGGGGCCUCCCGACGAGUGCCCUGGUGGAGCCGGAGUCGGGCGUGCCCGUGCGCGAGCUUCUGCUGGCGCGGGUGGACGUGGAGGAGCUGCUGCAAGCGGGGUGUAGCGUCCUGAGACUGGUGGAGGCCAGGGCCCCGACGAUCGAGCUGUUGAACGCUGGUGCGAAGGGCUCCGAGCUGGCCCGGGCUGGCGUCGCGGUCUCGGAGCUGUUGCGAGAGGGCGCCGAGGUCCGCCAGCUCGUGAACGAGCAGAUCUCCGUGAGGGACCUGCUGUCGGCUGGGGUCGACCCGUCCUGGACGGCGCCCACUGUGCAACUCGAAGAGCACUAG